AUUUGAUAUCUACAGGAAGGUGCCAAAAGAUCUCACCCAGCCAACGUAUACAGGAGCUUUUAUAUCCAUUCUAUGCUGCGUCUUCAUCCUCUUCCUCUUCCUGUCUGAGCUGACGGGAUUUAUAGCCACUGAAAUUGUGAAUGAAUUAUAUGUGGAUGACCCUGAUAAAGACAGUGGUGGGAAGAUAGAAGUGAGUUUAAACAUCAGUUUGCCAAACUUACACUGUGACUUGGUGGGUUUGGACAUCCAAGAUGAGAUGGGCCGCCACGAGGUCGGCCACAUAGACAACUCCAUGAAGGUCCCGCUCAACCAGGGCGAUGGCUGUCGAUUUGAGGGAGAGUUCACAAUCAACAAAGUACCAGGGAACUUCCACGUGUCCACACACAGCGCCACCGCGCAGCCCCAAAGCCCUGACAUGACUCACACCAUUCACAAGCUCGCAUUUGGAGAAAAGCUACAAGUGCAGAAGGUCCAAGGGGCCUUUAACGCUUUAGGAGGGGCCAACAGGCUGUCAUCUAACCCUCUGGCCUCGCACGACUACAUCCUGAAGAUCGUUCCAACGGUGUAUGAAGACCUGUCGGGCAAACAGAGGUUCUCCUACCAGUACACAGUAGCCAACAAGGAAUACGUUGCUUACAGCCACACGGGCAGAAUUAUCCCAGCAAUCUGGUUCAGAUACGACCUGAGUCCCAUCACGGUCAAGUACACGGAGAGGAGACAGCCCUUUUAUCGCUUCGUCACCACGAUCUGCGCCAUCGUCGGAGGGACGUUCACCGUGGCGGGAAUCAUCGACUCCUGUAUAUUCACCGCCUCGGAGGCCUGGAAGAAGAUCCAGAUAGGGAAGAUGUCCUGAGGACGGACCGCUUCCUCUCGGGUUCAUGUCGUAUUUAGGAGAGUGAGGUUUCAUAGCCUGGUAGCUAAAUCCGGUCCUGAAUGAAAACAAUCUCCUGUUGGAGAUCCGUGGACUAUCCAGCACGUGGUCUAACUACCAGGCUGCACGUCUCUCUUUACUGAAGAUCCUCUCCUCCUGCUGACGCGCGGACGCUGACUAUCGUGUCUGCUUCCUCCUCAUUAGCGUCCGGAGACGAGAGGGAAUCUCUCGUUACUGACAUGAUUGAUUUAAAGGUGUGUGUGUGCGCGCGUGCAGCAUAUUUUGUUUUUAAAUGAAGUAAACAAAAAUGUUGAGCAGAUGAAGGCAUUAAUCAGUGUUUCGGUUACAAAUGGGUUUGUUCCUCUGGUUUCUGAACCGCCUCAUGCUGAUUUUACGUUUGGUUCAGAUCGGGUGUUUCGGCCUCUCCUUCGUUUCUCUGCAUGUUACUGACGUGGCUCGACUUGUCUUCACAUAAAACGUUUUUCUAGUUUAUCUCAAUGACUGAUGGACAAAUGCAAUUACAGUGUAAUUGGUAUAGGUUGUGUUCUUGUGUUCUCCCAGCUGAAGAAGUCAGAACUUCUUAAACCUUUUCAACCUCCUUUUGUAUCUCCGUUUCCUUUCCGAGUAAAGGUGCCCUUGAAGCUGG